UUGCUGCUGAAGGCGUCAGAGGAGAAUCCUGAUGAUUUGAACGACGAGGUACUCAGAAAUGAAGUUUGCUUAUUCAUAGCUGCGAGUAUGGAUACAACAUCUGUCGCCAUGGCUUGGUUUCUUUAUCUCAUGGCCAAAUGCCCUGAACACCAGCAAUUGGUGACGGACGAAUUGGGUCAGAUUUUUUGCGAUUCUGAUCGGCCGGUGACGGCGCAGGACUUGACUCGGUUGAAAUAUUUGGAGUGUUGCAUCAAGGAAACAUUGAGGUUGUAUCCACCUUUCCCAGUAAUAUGUCGAUACUUAACGGAAGAAGUUCAAAUAGGAUACUACAUCUUGCCAAAGGAUUUAACAGUUAUGAUCAAUAUUUACGGCACCCAUCGCAAUCCUGAAUUUUUCCCCGAUCCGGAUUCUUUCAAACCGGAACGAUUCCUACCGGAGAACAGCGUCGAUCGACAUCCGUACGUCUUCAUUCCAUUUAGCGCUGGCGUCCGCAAUUGCAUCGCGCCGAAAUACGCCAUGAUGGAAAUGAAAGUUGCUCUGGCCAACAUAUUGCGCAGGUUGAAAUUUUCCCUUUCUGAUCCAUUGGGUCCGCUGCAAACUCCGGCCAUUCAUGUCAUGCUGAAACCCAAGGACGGCAAAUUCAAUCUCAUUGUUUCUAAAAGAUUGGGCCUUUCUUAAAUAAUGGCAUUAUAUUUGCAUAUUUAGUAUAUGUAUAGGUUUUUCGCCACUUUUGAUUGAUAGAAGGAAAACACAAUUCCUAUAAUGGCAACAUUGUUGUUCAUUGUAACAUUUCAUCUUUGGCAAUGCUUAAAUAAACUUAAUUGUUUGGUCAAAUUCUUUAUAAGGAGACCAGCAUUUC